GACGGAGAAAGCAGACGGUAUAAUUCAUUAAAUUAAGAGAUUUGUGAAGUAAUCGCAAAGCUUAAAGUCUACAAAGAAACAGUCGAAUUGUUGCAGAUCUACAAUUAGAGAUAAAGCGGAGGUUUAAGGUUAACAUAGUUUUAACAGGUGAUCCUCCACAUUUUACAUUUUUUCUUUUUGAGAAGGACAAAAACUGGACUCAAUUUAAGUCUUAUCUUUACAGUAAUACUUAGAUAAUUCAUUUGUUUUGGUGGACCAUUUUGAAGUUCACUAGAUACGUCUGUUGCUGCCAGAGGCCUCAGUAAGGUAUCAGUGUCAGAAUGUGUUCUGGCAGCUUUGCCAAAUGUCUGGGCAUCACCCUGAUCCCCCUGACGAUUGUCUGCGUGCUUUGCAACAUCCUGCUAUUUUUCCCGGGUGGAAAGGCUGUUGAAAACGAUCACAUCUCAAAGCAGGUGUGGUACUUUGGAGGUAUUCUGGGAUCAGGAGCGCUGAUGAUCUUCCCAAUUCUGGUCUUCAUGGGUCUGAAGAACAAUGACUGCUGUGGAUGCUGUGGCAAUGAAAGUUGUGGGCAGAGAUUUGCGAUGCUGAGCUCUAUUCUGUUUGCAGCCGUUGGUGUUUUGGGCGCCGGUUACUCAGUUAUAGUUUCUUCUGUGUCCAUCAACCAAGGGCCGCUGUGCAUGUUUGGAGAAAACCAAACAUGGGGGUAUCCUUUCUCAAAUGGAGACUACCUGUCUAACCAGUCCCUCAGGACUAUGUGCAAAGAACCAGUAAAUGUGGUAUCCUGGCAUCUGUCUCUGUUCUGUGUGCUGCUGGUGAUGGGUUUAAUCCAGAUUGCGCUGUGUGCUGUGCAGGUGGUGAAUGGUCUGUUGGGAGCUCUUUGUGGAGACUGCUGUGGCUGCUGUGGGGGUGAUGGAGCUGUGUGAGCACCUCCUGGGAUGAAAGCAGCUGUCUCCUGUAUUUAUUUUGUUUCUAAAGGAUGAACUUCAUACAUUGAUCUUUCUGUUGCAUUAAUGUAUUUCUGGAAAUUAGCUCAUUGAUUACAGUGUAUGAAUUAUCUGAAAACACUGAAGAAAUGACAGAGCUUUUCCCAAUCAACUUUCCAGCAAACACUGAUGAACGUCUUUGUUUUCUUAUAAUUAAAUUUUAAUGCAAAUUUACAACAAAUCUUCAAUACUAACCACUGUGAUUAUUAAUUUUACACAUCUAUAUGUAUUUAUAUAGUUCUGCUGCUUGUUUUUUGUUUUUGUUUUGUUGGUGUAUUUGCUUUUCUUUAUUUGAAUAGAACUAUUGAUGAUAGAUUUUUGUUUAGUCCAGCCUCCUGCUGAGCUGUAAGUGUGAACCUAAUGUAAGAUAGACUCAUGUGUGUGCACACCACCAAUCAUACUUCAUUUUCUAAUUUUGUGGUGUCAGUGAAAGACAGGUGUUUUUUUUUUUUAAAUCAACGUGUUACAAAAAUACAGUUCACUCGUUAUUUGUUUGCUAAUUUAUUUUUUUCCCGUGUCCUGUGUUCUCUUGCAUGCAUUUACCAUGGAAAAACACAAUCACAAAGAAAAUAUUGUGGUGAUUAAAAUGUGUAAAUGUUUUAUCUGCAAACAUUGCCUGUUGCAUGGUGGCAUUAUUUUUAACGGCAAUUGGCACUGUGAAAGUGGAAACUGGUCACAAAAGGGCUGUUAAAACAUUUGCAAUUUAAACUAUACCAAAUAAAUAGAUGGCAUGAGAUAUUUUCAUUAAACUAUAUAAUUCUCAAAAAUAUGCAAUCAUUUGUUUUUCACACCCACUUUAUCCAGGUACAGUUCCAAUUCCAGCUGAAGCCAAGCAGAGGCAGUGGACACCUUGCAUUGGUUGCCAGUGCGUCUCAGGGUCAACACAUAAAAAACA